ACCCGUGCAGUCAGUCUGAGGUGAGCUGGGAGCUGGCAUGCCGAGUGCCGUGCACCGCGAGUUGUCAGCGAGUUGAGCAUCUCCAAAUCAAGCCCAGGAUUGCGUUACGCGCGAUCCGAUUCCGCGAGAGAUUCGUGUGUUCGCAUAGGAUGAGAUCAGACUGAGCGCAAUGACAUCGAGAUACUUCGUGUUUGUCGCGGCUCUGGCGUACGUUGCAGUGUCCGCCGCGCAGGUUUACAACAGCUACCCGGAGGAUGCAGCUGCGGCGAUCGACUCAGCGCCUGCAAGCAAUGACUUCAUCACGCAAACCGUCUACGGCUUCCUGGACUUCACUACGACGAUCGGUAACACGGUGAUGGUCUUCAGCCCUCAGAGCGCUCCUCCAGAAGGAGGUAUCGUGAAGAAGACCGCGUCCUCCGAGCAGGCGAUUCACACGAAGCCGACGGAGCAGCAGUCGAAAAAGAAUGUCCCCGAUAUCCAGCCCAGCAAGACUCACAAGGCCGACGAUCAGGGCGGCGAGACGAAGAAGCAGAUAAAGGGCACGAAGAUCAUUGUGAAUUCCGUGGUCGAACAGAACGCGGUGAACCCGUCCGAGAAAGCCGCACCGAAACCGACGAAGAGCCAGGAGUCAAGUAAACAAACGAAGACACCCUUAUUGUCGUCGGUUGUUCAAGUACGUGCCAAGGAUGAAACUCCAGUCUUGAAGAACAAUCUCGCCGAACCGGAAUACGAUUUUCUCUCGAAGCAGCCGACGGAAGUGAUCGACGAGACGUACAAGCUGAUCAACCUGCGACCUUCGUCGAAGGUUCAUCACAAGCCGCGUGCCACCCCGCGAAGAGACAAGGAGAAUCCGACAGGCCUGGUGACCAAGCUGGGCGGUACCAUCGUGAAGGAUGGGCUCACCACUGUGCAUGAGACCAGCGUGAUUGGAACCUACAUCAACGGCAAGUACGCCCAGGUACUCCAGAGCUCGUCAAGAAUUCUAACAGUACCGGACACGCCAGUGGCCGAGGGUAAGAUCCGACCCUCCAGCACCAACCGCAUCCUGAAGACCAUCGGCCCACAACAUGGCAAGCUCAAACCUCAGCUGGAACCUACCCCGACCUAUCAGCAGGAGGAAUCUUCGUUGCCCCUAGAAGCUCUCUUCGACGGACCCUCUGGUACUCCGGUACGAACGACGCGAAGAAACUCGAUAACCCCCAAUAAUCCAACCAGACCGAAAUUCCGAAACAAAAUACCCGAUGAAUAUGACAACAGCGAGUCACAGCAAACGAGGACCACAAAGAAUCGCCCUAGUACAACGAGACCAAAUUAUAAAAAUCGUCCCUUGACCACCACCACCACUGAAACACCCAUCACUCGUCGUCGCAGCGGUUUCCGGCCGAACAGUCAAUCCACUAAUACACCCUUGAAGCAGUCAACGAAAUUGAAGAUCAGCGAUCAGCAGUCGACAACGGCCACUCUUCUGCCCAAGGUGAAGCUACCGAGAACGCAAGGUCGCUGGUCGUACAAGACCACGCCGAAGCCGAGGAUUAUGAUUCGCAAGCAGGUGGACGAGGACGAUUUCCGAACGUCAACGACCGAGCCGAGUACAACGGAGUCAUCUUCCGGAGCAAUCUAUGACGACCAAGGAAAGACAGCGGCGACAACGACGACGCUGAUCAAUGCUGCUUCAAGCCCAAUAAACGGCGCCAAUGUUGCUCAGAGGAAAGAGCUAUCCUUGACGGAGGAUGAGUUGGAUCCCAGUGAGAGCGAAGACGUCGCAAGCAUCAGCGUGCAACAAGAUCAGCAGCAGCCUGGAGAACAGAUCCUGCCAGUAGAGACUCUCAACGUGGAGAUUUCCACCGCAGCAGACCUUGAUAAUAUAUAUUUCGAGAUCGCCACUAUUAAGUCGCCCUACUCCUUCCAGGUAGGAACACUGCGAAACACCCGUUAUAUCACGGUGACCUCCACCAUCAGGAAAACGUUCGCAACGGCCGAGCCAAGUAGUUCAAUUUCACCUACUGAACCGCUGACGGAGAAUAUUCUAGCGAACACCGGGGCUGCCUACGAGUCGACUUUGCCACUCGAUUCAUCCGUCGCUACACUGCCAGCGAUCUCCCUGGACGCCGCCCAAGCGACGCCGCCGUUGGAAACGAAGACGGAGACGUUCUCGACGACGCAGACCUUGCUGAAGACGCAUAUGUUGCCAGUGAUCUACGCCGGGAACAGUACCACUCGGCUGACCCUGGUGCAAACGUACAACAUCGCCCGAGUGGUGACGGCGACGAAGACGCUGCCACCGAUGGAGAUCUAUCAAUUUAUUCCGAGUAAGACGCUGAAUGAAUUUAACUCGAAGCUCGACGAAGCCGGCAGCGAGUUGCACCUCGAGCUUGACUUUGGCGAAGACGAUCGCGACGACGAGGACGUUCCCAAGAGGGUAGUGGUGGCCAACAAUGACGAUGCCGACCUGGACGUCUUCAAGUCGGCGCCGCCGGCUAAGGUCAAGAGCGACACCGCGACCAACAGCAAUGCCGAACCUCCACUAACCCCGGAACAGGCCCAACAAUUGGCUUUAUUGAAGUACUUUGGUCAGCCGCAACCCCAGGUCAUCACUACCUCCAGACCCAUAGUCACUUUGGAAACGCUAUGGGAAUCGCAUGUGAUUCCCGUGGUGAACUCGGGGAAUACCAUUUACUCGACGCUCACUAGGCCAAUUGGAACCGUGCCCAAAACGUCUUACGAGUUCGGCACGUCCACCUUGAGUCCGGUGCUGCAGCCGCAGGUGCCACAGGUGCCGCAGGUACCGCAACUGCCGCUAUAUCCGCAACAGCCUCAAUUUACGGUGACGAGCGCGCCCGUGAUCACCCAGACCCUCGCUACCGUGUCCGACUCGCGAGUGCUGAAGCUCACCUUCGGCGCCAAAACCGCCUACACCACUCUCUUCUCCACAAGAGUCGUCCCUACUGAACUCACCACCUAUAUCACCAACACCGUGCCGGUGCAACCGACGGUACCGGCGUAUCCCGGUUAUUACCCGGCUCCGGUACCCUACGGGCCCUUCCCCUUCGUCGGUUAGAUCUCGAUCAGACCUUCGACUCCUUCGCGAUUUAUUUCGAUUGCGGUCAAUCGCCAAGUAGAUUCAUUCUCUUUCUAAAUAUUGUACUAAUUAAUUUUUACAAUUAUUUAAAGCGAAGAUACAUAGUUUGUUAAACUCUGUGAGUGAUACAAUUCUAAACACAAACGGUUUUAUUUUUUAUUUAAUAACUUUUUCACGAAUUUUUCUUGAUGAUUCUUCCAAAAGUUAAUGCUAUAAUUCGCACACAUUUUUAAUAAAUAGUGGCCAUAAUUUUGUAGUUCAUUGAUUAAUUUAAUAUUAUACUUGCAUAAAAUUUCUAAUAAGAAAACAUCUUAAAUUUAAAAAAUUUAUUUUUUAAAUCAAUUUUAUUAAAUUUAUUUAUGUCAAAAUAAGAGUCAAUAACAACGCUCCCGAUUUACGAUAUAUCUCAACAGUUUUUCAAUUUUACGUAAAUGUAAUUCUGUAAUAAAUGAGCCACAUUACUGUAAGUAGAACACGAAGGACGUUACCGUAAUUGCAUGUUAGACGAAGAAAAUUAUAAACUUACAAAUACCAAUUAUUUGGUAUAAUAAAACGUUGGCGGUGAUCGCAAUCGAACGGCAUUAUUGUAAAUAAAUUAUUGACUAUAUAAUAUAUAUGUAUUGUAUAUCGUAUAUUGUAUAUGUAUACCGCGCAUUUUGUAAAUAAAUGAAAUAAAAA